AAUCUCUGUCAAAACCUAACCAACCAAAUCUAACCUCUAUUAUCUGAGGUGUCAAACGAUAUCGCAAAUAUUCUGCGCAAAAAAAACAAACGAUAAAAAAGAGGCGUGUGUCUAUAAAAAAAGUGCAAACGCCAGGAAUAUUUGUAAACAUAUUUAUUUUACGAGGAUGAUGUAUCAAAAUUCAAUUGUGCGAUUGACCCUACGGCGAUGUCGCGGCCGAUACUAAAAAAAAAUAACUCGCAAGAAGUUUUCCAGAAUGAUCGGCAUUUUUUCGAGGAUCGAUUUUUAAGCAGAUUCGCGUUGCACUCCCAGAAUGUUUUCGCCCGAACACAACCGUUACAUUUUGCUUCAAAAUCCGACGGAUCACUGGACCCUCGAUAAGAAAGCUCUGUUGGUAGUGGGAUGUCUUAUCCUCCCCAUUACCAUGUUCUGCGCGACAUAUAUGAUCCUGUUUGGUAUUUACGAAAAGCUGCUAUACCCAAAACAGAGCUUGAGCAGCUUCAGUUCUUCAAUCGUUUUAGAGAAAGACCUCCAUAGGGCGUCAGUUUAUGGCGGCUAUGAACGCAGAAAUAAUUACACCGAAAUUCAAAGAACUCCCCACCAAGCUCUCGAUGUGUCAAUCUUUAGAUUGGUAUGCUACUACAACUUUCCAAGUAAUGCGCAGUCCUUGCAAGUUAACGACAUUGAUCCCAAUCUCUGCACCCAUCUAAAUCUCGCCUUUGGCAGUGUAAUAAAUAACAGUAUUUACCUGUCUGAUGCUGAUUUACCUUAUGUAAGACAGGCCGUGAAAUUAAAGGCUGUCAAUAAAAACUUGAAAGUGUUGAUAUCUAUUGGCGGGGCCUAUAACGACCGAGGUUUUCCCGAAAUGGUACUAAAUCAUACGAACAGAAAAACGUUUAUAAAGUCCGUGAUCGGGUUUGCGAAAACAUACGGUAUCGAUGGCGUGGAUCUUGAUUGGGAGUUUCCCGGAGAGGAGCCAGUCGCGGACAAACAUCAGCGCCAACACUUUACUCAGCUACUACACGAGCUUCGCAGGGCGGUUGCGCGACACACGAACAUGGCGCUGCUGAUUACGCUGGCAGUUGCUGCUCCCGUGCAGAUUGUGGACACCUCCUACGACGUUUCUUACGUCAACGAUUAUGUGGACUACAUCAACCUGAUGUCUUACGACUACCACCACUACACCAGGCUAACCCCAUUCACGGGGAUCAAUUCGCCCCUCUAUGCGUCCUCCUUGGAAAAGUAUUACCUGGCUACAAUGAACAUAAACUAUUCAAGUCACUAUUGGAACUCUUUGGGAAUGGACAAGAGCAAAAUAGUGAUCGGUUUGCCGACGUACGGUCACACUUUCCGUCUAAUGAAUCCUAGAAACGAGGGACCGUAUGCACCAGCCUCAGGUGUCGGCAAACUCGGUACCUUGGGGUUCGCAAGUUACCCCCAGGUUUGCAGUUUCCUACUGAGCAACCGCAUCACGCCCGUAUUCGACAUGGAAACUUUGAGCCCCUACGCGUCCAAGUACUACGAGUGGGUAUCGUUCGACGAUGAGCAAAGUUUAACUUACAAGGCGGAGUUCGUGAGAAACAAUAACUUUGGAGGCGCCAUGAUUUACUGUUUAAAUAUGGACGAUUUCAAGGGCGCGUGCAAAAUGGGAUCCGGGCGCAAGUUUCCGCUCGUUUCGGCUGUCAGACAAGCGCUGGAUGGCCAAGCGGGUGCUUAAACUUACGGUUACUGUUAAAAAGUUGGGUUAUGUUACCCGAAUAUUGUUAGGACCACUUAAAAUUUAAUCCCUCCGCAGGCAGCUGACUUUUACUUAAGCGACCGACGCCAAAGCUUAGUACGAAAUGACGAUUUGUUGUACCAAAAAUGACUGUGAUAAAGAUAUUAAGUGUUUAAGGUUAGGGUUACCAGUGUUUAAUACCAAUUAUUUACCAGGCUAUUGUGCACAAAUUCAAAAAUCACUACAGUUUCUCCACGAAUUUUGUUUUAUUCCAUAUUCCAACCCUCAAAUUUUCUUCGGCCUUAUGUCAACCAAACCAACAUAGACAAUUUCUGAGGAAUACUCUAGUAUGCAACGCACGUGACAGAUUAAAGUCUACGUCAAAUAAUCGUUAAUUACGGGAAAACAAUCGAUUUAAAGUGAACCUUCAAGCUUUAUUCCGCACAAGAACAAGCACUUACACGAAAACUAACCACAUCGAAAGUAGCAAAUAAAGAAUGCAUUUUACGCCGUCUA